AAAGAACAUGUCCUCCCCAACAGUCCGUAUUGUGGAAGUUGGCCCUCGCGACGGCCUCCAAAACAUCGCCACGCAGAUCCCCACCCCAAUCAAACUCGACUUAAUCCACCGGCUUCAUCAAACCGGUCUGAAGACGAUUGAGCUGACCUCCAUCGUUUCCCCACGCCACAUUCCCCAGCUCGCUGACUGCAAGGAUCUCCUUCAACAACCCUCCAUCCGGGCAUUAGGCCACGACAACAACCCUGACCUUCGGCUCCCGGUACUAGUCCCCAAUCUCAAGGGUUUGAAAAUCGCACAAACCCUCAAUGUGAAAGAGAUCGCUGUUUUCGUCAGCGCGACGGAAGGGUUCAGCCGGGCGAAUAUCAAUUGUUCCGUGGAGGUGGGACUUGCGAGGGCGCGGGAGGUGGUCGAGCGGGCAGUGCAGGAUGGGUUGGUUGUGCGAGGAUACGUCUCCUGCAUCUUCUGCGAUCCCUACGACGGACCCACCUCACCCGACGCGGUGCUCCGCUGCGUGCAAGCCCUCCUUCAAGCGGGAUGCUACGAGGUCAGCCUAGGCGACACCUUAGGCGUCGGCACGCCCGCGAAGGUCCACCGUCUCCUUCACUAUCUCACCGACACCGGCGGUAUCCCCGUCGGUGCCUUGGCCGGCCACUUCCACGAUACCUACGGCCAGGCGGUGGCCAACGUAUGGGAGGCGUAUACCUGUGGCGUGCGCGUCUUCGAUAGCAGUGUCGCGGGGCUGGGCGGGUGUCCGUUUGCGCCCGGAGCCAAGGGCAACGUCGCCACCGAGGACGUGGUGUAUAUGUUCCAGGAGGCCGGGGUCGAGACGGGGGUCGAUCUGGCGCGGUUGGUGGAGACAGGGGUCUGGAUCGCGAAGCAGCUCCCCGGCGUAGAAAAUGGGAGUCGGGCUGGAGCUGCGCUGGCGGCUAAGACUGCUGCGAAGUUGCCGGCAGCUUCUCUGCCGUCACCGAAGGCACAGCAGGCGCAGAAAGAGGUACUGUUGCCAGCUUUGCAGUGGGCUUUGACUAUUGACACCGAGGGGAUGCGGCUGUUUCGCUGCGGGGUUAACCUGAAGGUCGUGCUGAAUCGUCCACGAAAUGGGAAUGCGUUGACCGCUGCGAUGAUCGCGGAGUUACAGUCGGUUAUGGAUACCGCCAAGUCGGAUCCAGCGGUGUCUAGGGUUGUUAUUACCGGUACGGGGAAGUUCUUCUGUACGGGGAUGGAUUUGGGGAAGAAGAGUACCCCAGUCGCGCAGGGGGCAGAGAGCAGCGAGGCGCAGUUCGCAAGGCUGACGGAGCUGUUCGAGGUGAUUGACCAGUGUCCAAAGGUGACGAUUGCGUGCUUGAAUGGGCCGGCGUUUGGCGGCGGUGUUGGACUGGCGUUCGCGUGUGAUAUUCGUCUCUGCACCAAGGCCGCUACAGUCACGCUGAGCGAGGGCAAGCUGGGUCUUUGUCCUGCGACCAUCUCCAAGUAUGUCAUCCGGGAAUGGGGGUUGGCGUUUGCGCGUGAGGCGAUGCUCUCCGCUCGUCCGGUCAAGUCUGAGCAGCUGUAUUCGCUGGGCCUCGUGGCUGAGGUCGCGGAGAAUCCCCAAGAUCUAGACAAGCGGCUGGAUGCCUUGUUGGUGCGCCUGCGGCAGGUCUCGCCCAAUGCGUCUCGCAUGUCGAAGGAGUUGGUCAAUACCGCUUGGAAGCACGCUGGCAAGGACGAACAGGCGUCGGGGAUUAAGGCGCUCUUCCAUGAAAUGAUGCGACCCGAUGGCGAUGGCGCCCAUGGAGUGCGUGAGUUUCAGUCCGGUCGGCCGGUGGACUGGGACGCGUACAUUCAGCAGACAAAGACAACUCCGAAGGCCAGACUGUGA